AUGAGCGAGGAGAGCGUUCCGUUGCGGGUGGAGUGCAAGGCGACGAUCAGCAUGCGACCUCCUCCGCCAGGCUUCGAAGUCCCAGAAAAGGAUGCAACGGCCUGCAUGCUGAAGGUGGAGGCGGAUUUUGAGGAGGAAACGUCUGAAGACAAGCAAAUGGAAGCCAGAAAGGAGGAGGCAGACGAUCCUCAGCAGCUGCAGGCAUUGCCUUUGCAAGACCAGGAGAUUCUAUCGCAGAAGCAGCAGCAGCAGCAGCAGCAGCAGCAGCAGCAGCCUCAAUUGGAGCGCCAGAUGUCCUCUGACAGCGCGGAAGAAGGCUUCCAAGCAAGCCUGAGCGCGCUGAUGUACCUUCUGACCAAUCAUGAGGACAAACGUGCCGCUGUGGCAGCUGCCCUGAAUGCUGUGCUGUCAGUUCCACGAAGACAGGCUCCAGCCGAGCCUGCUGAGCCCGAAGCAGCAGGCCGGUCCAGCAUGGAGACAGGCAUGUGCAAGCUGCUCACAGACCUGGGAAUGCUCAAUGGCAAGGCCGGCACCGCGCCCCACUCUGCCACAGAUGACCACCUGGACCCGGCAGACGAUGCGGCGUCAAAGGCGGCGCGCGCUCUUCGAGAGGAGCUCGCUCAGGCGCUGAAUCCGUUCCCGCGCUGCAAGCAUCUCAUCUCCCUGUACCGGACUGCGCUUAAGAUCCCCAAUAAAACACCGCUGUCAAUCUUACAUGAGCACGCCACACGGCUCAACCUGGAGCUGACAUUCUCGGAGGCGGCGGAGAGCACCGCGGGGCCCUUCACAGUGGAGGCGCAUGUGCGGUCCAUCGAUGACGAAGAUGUCUUCGAGCCCGGCAUCGGCAAGGGGCACGCGAAGAAGAUGGCGCGCCAGCUGGCGGCGGCCGCAGUGCUGGAGAAGCUGGUGGAAGCUGUGGGCGUGCAUGACAUCAUCGGCAAGCAGCACAAGCCCGAGCCCAAGGAACCCCAGGUGCAUGCGCGUCCGCGGGGCCCCACAACGCUGCACCAGGGGCCCCCCGCUCUGGGUGGCAGGCCGGGGGCCCCACACACGCGCCGGCCGCCCCGUAACCCCGUACAGGAUUACUACGGGCCGCCCGGCUACCAGCGCUCAGGCUACGGACCCCACGGCAGCCACGGCUACACUCACCAGCAACAGCGCCCGCCAGAUCCGGUAAGCCAUCGGCCGCCGCACAUGCGUAACACCCCGGCGUCGGGCUGGCCGGGCCGGGUCCCGCCGCCGCCACCGCCCCCGCCGCAGCGGCCGUUGCCGGGGGCCGACAUCUUCGGCGCGCCAAUGACUAACCGCCCUGACGCGCGCCUGCCGCUGCAGCCGCACCGGCCACCAUAUAACCUCCUUGCGCCGGAGGCGGGCCUCCGGGGGGUCCCAGACCGGGAGGACCCCGGCGCGCCUGCCGCGCUCCCGGCGCCGGCCGGCGGCGCGGCCGAGGCGGCAAUUAACCCGAUGAGUCACCCCAUGCCCGGCAGCGCCGGCCUUGGUACCGCGCUCAGCUACGCGAGCAGCUACCUCAUGAACGCCAACCUGGGCCUGGAUGCCCGGCCCCAGACUGCGCUGGACUCCCUGCUGCUCGCGCCACUAUCUACAGCUUCAGGUUCGGCGCCCUUCAGCGGUCUGGACGACCUGGGCGGCUCCGCAGCAGCGGCAGGCGAGAAUUUCAUGGGCCUUGCAAAUCGCCGAACUGACGUGGACAGCUAUGAGCUGGCGCAGCUUCGCGCGCAGAUCGGCCGCAUCGCUGCCAAAUCAGGCGUCCCCGUCAACCCCAAGCACGUCCAGGCGCUGGCGUUCCAGGAGCAUGUGUUGGGCGGCGUGCCCUCCUCCAUGGACAGCGCCAAUUCAGGCGCGGCAGAGGCAACGCCGCUCGACGCGCUCUCCCAGAGUUACUACUCGGUCAGCGCAGGGAAUGCCGCCUACCAGGAGUGGCCCUCCCUUGGAUGA